UAGAGAGAAUGGCUGAGGCAGUUGUUUCCUUUGUACUCGAAAGUGUCAGAGACUUCACUAUUCAGGAAGCCAACUUCUUUUCUGGAGUCAGCCGUCAAGUUGAAGCUGCACAAACUGAGCUACUAGUGAUGAAGAGAUUCCUGAAAGAUUUGGAUUCAAGACAAGGAGAAGAUGCAACAGUCCAGAUUUGGGUUGCCCAAAUUAGAGAUGCUGCUUAUGAUUUGGAAGAUGUUAUUGAAACUUACGGCUUGAAAGUGGCUUCCAAGAAGAAAAGAGGUGUGAAGAAUAUUCUAAGAAGAUUUGCCUGCAUCUUCAAGGAAGGAGUUGAUCGUUACAAGAUUGGAAACGAAAUUGAGAAUAUCACCACCAGAAUUUCUGAUUUGAGGUCAAGUUUGCAGAAGUAUAACAUAAAGCAAACAAGAGAAAGUAGUGGUGGUGAAUCUUCCUUGCAAUUGCAUGAGAGGCUAAGGAGAAGUUAUUCUCAUGUUGUUGAACGUGAUGUUGUUGGGUUAGAGUCCAACGUUGAAGAAUUGGUUAUGCAUUUAUUGAAAGAUGAAAAUCGUCAUCGAGUUGUAUCUAUUUGGGGUAUGGGCGGUUUAGGGAAGACCACCCUUGCAAGACAACUUUAUCAUCACAAAGAAGUAAGGCAGCAGUUUCAAGAAAGAAAUGUUUGGGAGGGAAUUUUAUUUGAAGUCAUUUCUGCUACCAAGGAACAAAAACAAGAAAUGAAGGACAUGACAGAUGAUGAAAUAGCAAAGAAGCUUUUCCGUGUUUUGCAAAGAAUGAAAUGUUUGGUGAUCCUUGAUGACAUAUGGAGAAUCGAGACAUGGAAUCUUUUGAAGGCUGCAUUUCCAAAUGUGGAAACAGAGAGCACAAUAUUGCUUACUACACGCAAUCAAAAAGUAGCCACGCUCCCAAAUAGAAAUGCUUGUCUCCACGAACUCCAGCCACUGAAUGAUAAUGAGAGUUGGAACCUACUUGAGAAGAAAGCAAUAUCUGAAAGGGCUGAUAUCGAUUUGGGAAUGUACACAAAAAAGAGAGAAUUAGUAACGAAUAUGCUUCGACAUUGUAAAGGUUUGUCAUUAGCCAUUAUUGUACUUGCCGAAGUUCUAGCAAGAAAAAACACUGUUAGAGAGUGGGAGAUAGUGCAUGAGAAUGUUUAUGAAUACAUAAGGAAAGGGAUAGGUCAUGAAGAAGAAUAUGAAGGUGCAUCAUGGGUUUUGGCAUUGAGUUAUGAUGACCUGCCGUAUCACUUAAAACCAUGUUUUUUAUAUUUAGGUCAUUAUCCUGAAGAUUGUAUUAUUUUGGUAAGCACAUUGACUAAGUUAUGGGUGGCAGAAGGUCUUAUCUUCUUAAGACAACAAAGACAUGGUUCGGAGAAAACAAUGGAGGAUAUAGCACAUGAUUGCUUAAGUGAGUUGGUGGAACGGUGUUUGGUUUAAGUGGGAACAAGUGGUUCAAUAGGAACAAUUAAAGAUUGUCGAAUCCAUGAUCUUGUAUGAGACAUGUGUUUGUUAAAGGCAAAAGAGGAAAGCUUUCUCCAGAUUAACAAUUCUUUGCAAGAAAAUGCUUCUUCUAUGGCAGCUGAGGCAACACAAUUGGGGAAAAUUCGAAGACUUGCAAUUUACUUGGAUGAGAACGCAGAUAGGUUGGUUUCUUCAAGAGAUGAAACAAAUUUGCACGUAAGGUCUCUAUUAUACUUUUUGCCACAAGGAUGGAUGCCAAAAAGUAUAGAUGGAUUACUAUCUCCUUUGAAGGAUUUCAAAGUGCUUAGAGUUUUGAAGGUUGAAGGUCUUAACGAAGUAGAAGUUGAGUUGCCAAGUGAAAUUGGAAAUAUGGUACACUUGAGGUUUCUAAGUGUGAUUAAUUGCAAUAUCAAAACGUUUCCUCCAUCCCUAGGUAAUUUAAUAUGCUUGCAAAGUCUUGAUUUUCGUGUUUUGAAUGAAGACAUGGUGAUCCCAAAUGUGAUAAUGAAGAUGAAACAAUUAAGACAUUUAUAUUUACCCUGGAGGUACAGUGCAAAGGGUAAGCUGGAGCUGUCUACUCUUGGCUAUCUACAGACCUUAGAUUACCUUUCAAGUGAGUAUUGUGAUUUGAAAGAUGUUGGUAGAUUAACCAAUCUUAGAAAACUGACAAUAAAACUGUCAACCUCUUUGCAAAAUAUGGAGGAAAUCUUAAAAUCUACAGGCAGCACGCUUAACCAUAUCCGGUCUCCAAUUGUGUUUAUGAACAACAAUAGCUGUGAAGAACAAGCUAUGCAAAUAGUAUCAAGCUGUCGGGGUAUAUACAAAUUGAUGCUGAAAGGGUCAAUCGCAGAAUUACCGAAAGAGCUCCACAACUAUCCAAACCUCACCAAGUUACAAUUGUGGAGAUGUGGUCUCAAGGAGAACCAAAUGGGAAUACUAGAGAAGCUGCCAAACCUAACGACUCUGAAUCUUAAGAGUCAAGCUUUCAAGGAGAAUACAAAGAUACUGGUUUUCUCCAAAGAAGGCUUUCCUUCUCUUCAAUAUCUUUUCGUUAAUGGUAUGUUCGGAAUAACAGAGUGGAGAGUAGAGGAAGGAGCCAUGCCUCGUCUCUGUCGAUUGAACAUCACGUAUUGCUCGGGAUUGACUACACUCCCAGAUGGGCUGAGAUAUCUUACUAAUCUCAGGAAAUUAACCAUCAGAGGGAUGCGUAGAGAACUCCACAGUCGGAUUGAGGAAGAUGGAGAGGAUUUCUAUAAAAUUCAACAUGUACCUUCCCUUGUAAUUGGAGAACCAUCCCCCUACUUCUGACCACUACCGAUGCAAUGAUGGCAAGCUGCAUGUAGGACCUAACAUUGAGAAAGUAUGUCGAAGCUCUGCAGCAGAGGGAGCAUGCGAAGCUAAACUUACAGGAAGAAGAAAGAAAUGCUCUGUGAAAAUCAAGAGGAGCAAAGAUGUUGUCCAAAAGUACAUUUAUAUUACACAACUCAACUUAUUGUAUUAAUUAAAAUUUCCUUGAUGAAACUUUGUAUUUGUAUUCCUCUUUCGUGUCUGUUUUUAAUUAUGAAUAUUUGAGCCUGUGGGCAUCAUGCCUUCGUUUAUUUCACGGUUAGCAUUCCCAA